AUGCCAUCCUUCUCACGUAUUGCGACUGCUGUUCUAGCAGCCGCUGUCACUUUCGGGACUACUCUUGCUCAAGACCUAGUUAAAUACACAGACCCAGACACGGGGAUCGAGUUUGGCACAUGGGCUCAGGGUGACCAGACGUUUGGUCUUGCACUACCCGAGGAUGCAUUAACCAAGAACGCCGAUGAGUACAUUGGUAUACUGCAAUGCUCUACGGGUUGGUGUGGUAUCUCCCAUGGAGAGUCGGGACAGAUGACGCAGGCCUUGCUGCUCAUUGCUUGGCCGUAUAAAGACCAAGUCCUCACAUCUUUCCGAUUCGCAACUGGGUACAACCUCCCAGGAGUUUAUACCGGAAACGCAACCCUGACUCAGAUCUCAUCGAAGGUGACCGAAACUGGCUUCGAGGUUAUUUAUCGAUGCCAGAACUGCUUCGCUUGGGAUCAGGAAGGUUCCAGCGGUCACGUUGAAACCAGUGGUGGACUACUCGUCGUAGGACGAGCCUCGGCAAAGACUGUUCCUACUAACCCCGAGUGCCCUGCCAACAUCAAAUUUGUGCAACAUGAAGCCUUCGGACAGUUUGGUGCUCCCUUGGAUGGUAUUGCGAAUGCGAAGUACCCCGAAUGGGCUGCAUUGGCAACGAAGGACGUCCCCGGCGAAUGCGCUCCUAGUGAUCCCGGCAGCCCACCACCGACGGGUCGUGUCUGUGCUAAGGAGAUGGCCGGUCAAUCGUUCGACUACAUCGUGGUCGGUGCUGGAGCCGGCGGUAUCCCCAUAGCCGACCGAUUAAGCGAGAAGGGUUACAGUGUUCUGUUGGUUGAGAAGGGGCCGCCGUCCGCAGGAAGAUGGGGCGGAAAUAUGAAGCCUCUCUGGCUCGAGAAGACGGAUCUUACGCGAUUCGACGUUCCGGGUCUUUGCAACCAAAUUUGGGUUGAUUCAGAUGGUGUCGCUUGCUUAGAUACCGAUCAAAUGGCUGGAUGUGUCCUCGGUGGAGGCACAGCUGUUAACGCUGGCUUAUGGUGGAGGGCAAACCCGAAGGAUUGGGACGAGAACUUCCCUGCUGGGUGGCAUAACUCGGAUCUCAAGGCUGCCACAGACCGAGCAUUCCAGCGCAUUCCUGGAACCACAAGGCCCUCUCAGGAUGGUGAACUAUAUAUGCACCAGGGAGUCGACGUUAUCUCUAGCGGGUUAGAGAAGGCGGGAUGGAAGAAUGUGCCCGUCCCUAACGACGCCCCGACUCAGAAGAACCAUACUUUUGGUGCUACAACAUAUAUGUUCUCUAACGGUGAGAGAGGUGGCCCCAUGGCUACUUACCUGGUUACCGCCGCCAAGCGUGAUAACUUCGCGCUUUGGAUGAACACUCCUGUUAGGAGAGCUCUUAGGACAGGCGGCCAUAUUACCGGAGUUGAGCUAGACUGCACUGUAGAAGGAGGCGGGUACGGUACCGUCAACGUUACCGCGAAUACUGGGCGCGUUAUCGUUUCGGCUGGGACGUUCGGCUCGGCUAAGUUCCUUCUUAGGAGUGGUAUUGGUCCGGCCGAUCAACUUGAUAUCGUUGCUGCUUCAGCUUCAGAUGGUAAAUCGUUCAUUGGAAAAGAGGAUUGGAUUGAUCUGCCAGUCGGUCAUAACCUAAUGGACCAUGUCAACACCGAUACCUACUUCACCCACCCAGAUGUCGUAUUCUAUGACUUCUACGAGGCAUGGGACACACCGAUUCCCGCGGACAAGCAGAAGUAUCUCGCCAACCGUACCGGUAUUCUAGCACAAGCUGCUCCUAACAUCGGGCCUGUGUUUUGGGACGAAAUCGAAGGCGAGGAUGGCGUAGUCCGUCAACUCCAAUGGACGGCUCGUGUCGAAGGUUCCGAGCUGACGAACACCACCAACACGAUGAUUAUGAGUCAAUAUCUCGGAAGAGGUCAGACUUCUCGCGGUCGCAUGACAAUCAACGCCGGCCUGAGCACGGUUGUCUCAACCCCGCCCUAUCUCCGAGACCCGAAUGACAAGGCAGCUGUUAUCAAGGGUAUUGAGAACCUACGAAACGCUCUAAGCACCGUGAAGGAUCUCGAAUUCCGACUCCCGGCCACAAACCAAACCACAACGUCCUAUGUUGACGCCAUUGAGGUGACGUCCGCUAAGCGUCGCUCAAACCAUUGGAUGGGUACUGCUAAGUUAGGACCGGACGAUGGCCGCGAGGCGAGUGGCACGUCUGUCGUUGAUCUUAACACCAAGGUCUACGGUACCGACAACCUCUUCGUCGUUGAUGGAUCAAUCUUCCCCGGUAUGGUGACCGGAAACCCUUCAGCUAUGAUCGUGACCGCGGCAGAAUUCGCCGCCGAGAAGAUCUCGGCUCUGUCGCCGAAGGGCCCUACAAAAGCGCCCCAGAACACCGGAGGACAGAUCAUUACCCUGCCAUAG